GUACACUAGCUUGGUGCAUAAUCCAAACGUGCUUCGUACUAAGCUAAAGAAACAAGGUAUAAGUGGUCCACCUCCAACUAUACUAAUUGGAAAUCUAAUGGAAAUAAUGAAAUCUAACCCUACCACUCCAACUUCCAUUGUCACUCACAACACUGCUUCUCUUGUUUUUCCUAAAUUUGAAGAAUGGAGGAAGCAGUAUGGUAUGUUAAUUAUAUUUUUUAUAUUUUUUUUGGUAAGGAUUAUAUUUUUUAUCAUAUAAACUAUCCGCAUAUUUUUAUAUAUAUUUUUGUAUUUAACCAAACAUAAGCGCUCUACAUUUUAAGGUAUCCCUACGGUUUAGGUCCUAUAUUUUUGCAUUUCAAUACUGAAUUGGAUUGCCUCUCAAAUUAAUACACGACUUUAGAAAUUAAACUCGAGUUCUUUACCAAAUUUUUUAACACCAUGUUAAUUACUUCAUAUUUAAUGUUACACUCCUUCAAGAAAGGGUCCCCACUCGACAAAACCUUCGUAGGCGAGGGGUGAUCGUAGGAGCUACUGACUCUUCUUGUGUGUUUUGUUGGGAGGUUGAGGAGUCGAUAGACCAUCUUUUCAUUUCUUGUGAUCGGAUCUCUUCUGUUUGGUACCGUGUCUCCCACUAGAAUUAAUUAUGCAGGUUUUUGAGAGUUUCUUUGGUGUGGGCCGCGUCGGGCUCGGUUAGGUAUGAUUCUAGUGUGGCAUGCUGUUGUGUAGACUAUAUGGACCUCCCAGAAUGAUGUUAUCUUCGCCGGUGGGCCUUCAACGAUUGAUAAUCUUGUGGAUUGGGUGAAACUCUAUAAAUGGUUUUUAGGUAAAAAUCCUGAUAGCACAUGCUCCCUAUACUAUGGGAGGUACAACGUCUCUUGUGUUGGUCCAGUAAGGCGAUGUGAGGAUGUCUUGCCUGAUUUUUUUUCAGGUUCUGGUCGAGUGAUAUCUAUUGGGGUCCUCCCUUAGAGAUGACUUUUCUCUUCCUCUCCUUAUUGGAUGCUCUAGGUGGUUGAGGUUCUUUUUAGUCUUUGGGAGUCCUCUUUGGUGCUUUUGUUUUGCAUCUUUUUUCUUAUUUGUUGUUGAGUAAUUCUGGUACUUUUGAUUUGUACUCAGUCAACCACUAUUUUCUUAUUCACCUGCCCAAUGCGCAGUUCAACGUCCAUUAAUAUAAUCAUCCUUGCUUACAACAUGGCAUAUAUUAAAUAUGAUGAAAUUAAACAUCAAACUAACAUCUGUUUUUUUUUAUUAAUUAUGUUAAUUGGCCAGAUCCAUGAAUAUUAUACUUAUAGCGAAAUUUCAUUUGACUUGAGUUUGCUUAGAGAGUGAAUUUUUAGCAAUGAAGGUCCAAUUUGAUUCGCAGUUUUUCACAUCCAUUGUUUUUAUCAGUUUUGUAGCACUAUUGUUUCGUUUGUACACUAGUUUUGUGCACAAGCCAAAUGUUCUUCGUUCUAAGCUAAGGAAACAAGGUAUAAGUGGUCCACCUCCAACUAUACUUCUUGGAAAUCUAAUGGAGAUAAUGAAAUCUCAGCUUACCAUUCCAAUUUCUCAUUCUUUUCUCACUCACAACACUGCUUCUCUUGUCUUUCCCAAAUUUGAAGAAUGGAGGAAACAAUAUGGUGAAGUUUUCGUGUUUUCUUUUGGAAACAUUCAAUCAUUGUGUGUGAGCCAAACAGACAUGAUAAAAGAAAUCACCACAUACACUUCUUUUGACUUGGGGUUACCUCCAUUUCACAAGAAACUUUUUAGGCCUUUGUUAGGUGAUGGUAUUUUAACAUCAAAUGGGACUACAUGGGCCCAUCAUAGAAAGAUCUUAGCUCCAGAACUAUACAUCGAUAAAGUUAAGGGAAUGGUGAAUAUUAUUAGUGAGGCUGGUGAAUCUCUGCUAAACUUAUGGAAUAGUAAAAUAGAGGCUCAAAGUGGAGUUGCUGAUAUAAAUAUUGAUGAGGACUUGAAAAUAUUCUCUGGUAAUGUUAUUUCAAGAGCAUGCUUUGGAAGUGAUUAUUCCAAGGGGCAAGAAAUAUUCUUGAAACUUGGAGCUCUCCAAGAAGUUGGUUUUUCCUGGAAAAAUCUCUCUUCAGCAGUUCCUGGCAUGAGAUACCUUCCAACAAAGACUAACAGAAAAUCAUGGAUAUUAGCAAAGGAGGUGAAAAGUUUGAUACUUCAAGUGGUGAAGGAAAGAAAGGAAAAAACUAGUUUUGAAAAGGACUUGCUGCAAAUGGUUAUUGAAGGUGCCAAGAAAAGUAAUCUCACACAAGAGGCCGGUGAUAAUUUUAUUAUUGAUAACUGCAAAAAUAUAUACUUGGCAGGCUUUGAAUCAACUGCAGUUGUUUCUUCAUGGUGUCUUAUGUUAUUGGCCUCAAACCAAAAUUGGCAAGAUCGCGCUCGUGCCGAGGUACUAGAGAUUUGCAGAGGUAGAAUCCCAGAUUUAGAUAUGCUUUCAAAGAUGAAACAGCUUACAAUGAUUAUUCAUGAAACUUUGCGCCUAUAUCCUCCAGCACCAUUAUUGCUAAGGCAUGCUUUCAAGGACAUGAAAUUUGGGAAUAUUGAUGUCCCCAAGGGCACUGGCCUUUGGAUAUUGAUAAUAAGUUUGCAUACAAAUCCAGAUAUAUGGGGAGAUGAUGCAUACAAAUUCAAUCCAGAAAGAUUUGCUAAUGGAGUCGCAGGUGCUUGUAAGCAUCCACAUGCAUAUAUGCCAUUUGGAGUUGGCCCAAGAAUUUGUCUUGGACAAAACUUGGCCAUACUUGAACUUAAGAUGCUCAUAGCUCUCAUUUUGUCCAACUUCUCUUUCUCACUCUCUCCUAGAUACAUACAUUCACCUGCACUUGGGAUUACAAUGAAGCCUGACCAUGGAGUCCAGCUCCUAGUAAGAAAGCUAUGAACUAUGGUUGAAUUUUUAGGUGCUUUGUCACAUAUUUUGUUCUUAUUGUUUCAUUCACAAAAUAGCAGAGAGAAGAUUACUUUUCAAAUGAAGAAAAGAAUAGUAAGAACAAUGUAUAAAGCACUUUAUGUAAGUUGUGUAUGUAAACUAUUCUCAAGUACUUGAACCUCUGACUUAAUAAACCUAUAAAAUUUAAUUAAUAGAGGUGGAAAUGGUGAACUUAGUUAACUAGUACUGUCAUACUUUCUUUUAGUCUUGAAGUGGUGGCCCAUGUUUGUUCUAUAAAAGAGUGUUUCUUUUCGCGCCUUC